AUGGAGCUCCAGGAAGGCAUGCUGGUGUGCGACGUCUGCGGCUCUGUCGACCAGGUGAUUGAGUGUAUUUGGGGUCUCAAGAAGACCAGAGAGUCGGGGGCUGUGCAGGAAAGAACGGCGUUGCCCGUGAAGGAGUCUCUGCGAGCCUAUGUGGAAAUCCUCCAGCACCUGCUGCAGCGACAAGCCAAGGUCCUGGUGGAGGAGCUCGGCUGUGACCCCGGCGUCAUGCCCCUGCUGCGGUCCCUGUGGUACCGCUGCCUGAACCACUCCCGCCUGCUCCACCCCGAAUUCUGCCAGUGGGUACAGGGAGAGCGUGGGGGCAUCGAGGACCUGACACAGCGAGUGCACGAGCUGGAUGCCAAGGAGAGGGCAGGCGGCAUCCAUGGCAGGAAUCUGCAUGGCCCCGCCUGGCUCUUCAUGACCACGCUGUCACGGGUCCUGGCGCCACACGUGACCCUCGAACUCUGCUUCCUGGCCGCUUGGACCGCCAGGGCGGCGGUCAGCCCGCACGACAUCACGCGCAGCGCGGCCAGCGGGCGCCUCCCAUUCCUCACCCUGGCGGCGGACUCCGAGGAGUUCAUGGCCCCCUACCGCGCCCUCAUCAGCCGCCUCUACCUGGCCCGCGCAGGGGCCCCCAACGCGGCGACGCUGAUGCAUGGCGCCCUGCGCCUGGCGGCCGCGCUGCGCCUGCCCCUUCCCCCCCUGAACGCCGGCCUGUGGCUGUGCCGAUGGAGGCACGAGCUGGGCCUGCCGCACGGCGUCGCGGAAGCCAGCGAGCAGCUGGCCCGCCUGCACUGCCCGCCGGGGUCGCGUGCGAUGCACCUGCGGCCCCACGCGCCCCAGCACCCCUGGGCCAUGCUCAUGGCCUGCGUGCUGUGCACGCUGCGCUUCGUCUACGGCCUGGACGGGCACGGCCGGCGGGGCGAGACGUGGCGCGGGGACAAACGUGGCGCGGCCCCGCCGGAAGGGGGCUGGGUGCGCUGGGCGGCGGCCGCACUGACUCGGCGCUGCGGCGCCACCGUCGGCCCGACCAAUGUGGCCGAGGGCCUGGCCAUGCCGCGAGAGGACCUGGCGGAGUGGCUGGCCUUCCUGCGGAGCAAGCAUUUUGUCGGCCACUCGUGCCCGGAGGACCUGGCGGAGGCCUGCGCCCUGCUCGAGCGGGCGGGGAGGGCCUUCCUCGGCGCGGCGCUCGAUGUGGACGCGACGAGCGGGGCAGCGGCAGCAAGGAGGCCCGACGGCGGUGAUGAUGACGAGGCCGGGGCCGGCCGGCGCCUUCAGGCCCCCGCACCGGGCUGGCCGGCGACCCCGGCACCCCAACCCCCGGCACCCAUCAGCACCAACACCUCUCCGCGCCCGGCGCCCGGCGGUCCAGGGGCCACACCGCCCGACCCCACCCCCCUUGCCGACGGCACGUACACAUGGAUCGGCAAGCUGGGUCCGCAUGGCUGGGUGGCAUUGCCCUCCGACUAUGCGGCUGUGCUGGCUGCGUGCGCCGCCCACGUCUGGUGCACGCCCCUGACCAUGCACCGGAUGGUGCUGGAGGUGGAUUGGGCGAUGGUGAGGACGGAGGUGAAGGUGGCGUAUGAGGCAGACGCUAUGGAGCCCCUCAAGCUGGAGCGGAUCCGGGAGGAGGGCAGACAGCUCCAAGAAAUGCGAAAAGAAUUCCGUGAUGCCCUGGCCCGCAUGGGCCUGACGGAGGAGACGGUCAGGAUGCAUGCGGCAUGA